GCAAACCCCAGGUUGGAUGGACUGGACGGUGUAGAUUUUCCUAACUGCACGGAGACUGCACCAAAGUGGACAGCACCGAAUCUAUAUUCUACAAAACCACUCUUCCCUCUUGCAGUUGUCAUGAGAAGCUUUUCCAUUCCCGCCUUUGAAUAAGGGAAACCGAACCAGUGAGAGAGAGAGAGAGAGAGAUGUGUGGAAGAGCACGUUGUACUCUGAGAGCUGAUGAUGUCUCAAGGGCUUGUCAUCGCAGUGUUGCCCCAACGCGCACUCUUCAUAUGGACCGGUAUAAUCCAUCGUAUAAUGUGUCGCCGGGAUCCAACUUGCCAGUAAUUCGUAGAGAAGAUGCAUCUGACAGUGAAGGCUAUGUUCUUCAUUGCAUGAAAUGGGGUUUGAUCCCCAGUUUUACAAAGAAAACAGAGAAACCUGAUCACUACAAGAUGUUUAAUGCUCGAUCUGAAUCUAUAGAAGAGAGGGCUUCAUUUCGUCGUCUGCUUCCUAAAAGCAGGUGCCUUGUAGCAGUAGAAGGUUUUUAUGAGUGGAGAAAAGAUGGUUCUAGGAAACAGCCUUACUAUAUUCACUUAAAAGAUGGACGAUCACUUGUCUUUGCUGCUCUUUAUGACUCGUGGCAAAAUUCUGAAGGUGAAACACUGUACACAUUCACUAUUGUUACAACCUCUUCAUCCUCAGCCCUUCGGUGGCUUCAUGACAGGAUGCCUGUUAUUUUGGGUGACAAGGAUUCAAUUGAUACCUGGCUAAGCAGUUCUGAUUCCAGUUUUAAGAGUGUGCUGAAGCCAUAUGAAGAAUCUGAUUUGGUGUGGUACCCAGUGACACCUGCUAUGGGCAAGCCCUCAUUUGAUGGACCUGAGUGCAUAAAGGAGAUUCAAGUAAAGUCAGAAGGGAACACUUCAAUCUCUCUGUUUUUUUCGAGAAAGGGAGCUGAAAGUGAAGACACAAAGCCAGAGAAGAAAACAUCAUUUCAAGAAUUUGUCAAGACCGAGCAUGCAAAAGACGAGAGUGAAGGUGCUAAACUUGAAGAGGGAGACAAUGACCUAAAAUCCAGUGGUGGUUCUUCCUACUCUCAAAAUGCUAUUAAGUUCCCAAUCAAGCGUGAGUACGAGGCUUUUUCAUCUGAUUCAAAGCCGCUUGUGGCAAAUAAUGAUCAGAUGAGUGCAAACCCUGCAAAGAAGAAAGAAAAAGUGAAGACUGCCGAUGAUAAACAGCCAACCUUGUUUUCCUACUUUGGAAAAAGGUAACCACUAAUCAGUUUUAGUUUGCAUGAACAUGAAGGUUGGCAUGUUUUUUUGUAUUGUAAAUUACAGAGGCAUUUUAUUUUAGCUUUUGAAUUUCCAUAUAAGUCAAGUUUUAGUUGUACACUUGCAGCCUCUAGCCUUGUAGGAAGGUAUAUGUGGCAUAUGGCUCAUGUUCAAUAGGAGCUUUAUACAGUAAUGCUUUUAUAUUUUUAUUUUAAUGGUGAUGCUGAUU